GUUUCAUGCAUGUCCAGUGGGGGAAGGUUUAAUUUUGACGAUGGCGGGUCCUACUGCGGCGGCUGGGAGGACGGCAAGGCGCACGGCCACGGCAUCUGCACCGGCCCCAAAGGCCAGGGCGAGUACGCGGGCGCCUGGAGCCACGGCUUCGAAGUGCUGGGCGUCUACACCUGGCCGAGCGGCAACACCUACCAGGGCACCUGGGCCCAGGGGAAGCGCCACGGCAUCGGCCUGGAGAGCAAAGGCAAGUGGGUGUACAAGGGCGAGUGGACGCACGGCUUCAAGGGGCGCUACGGCGUGCGCGAGUGCGCGGGCAACGGCGCCCGUUACGGCGGCACCUGGAGCAACGGCCUGCAGGAUGGCUACGGGACGGAGACCUACUCGGAUGGAGGGACAUACCAGGGCCAGUGGGUUGGAGGGAUGCGCCAGGGAUAUGGCGUCCGGCAGAGCGUACCGUACGGCAUGGCUGCAGUUAUCCGAUCGCCACUAAGGACAUCGAUCAACUCUCUGCGCAGCGAGCACACCAAUGGCACGGCAUUGCACCCAGAUUCUUCACCUGCCGUGGCCGGAAGUCCCGCCGUCUCCCGAGGGGGUUUUGUCCUGAUGGCUCACAGUGAUGCAGAGAUCCUCAAGAACAAGAAGAAGGGCAUCUUCCGACGCUCCCUCUUGAGUGGGCUCAAGUUGCGCAAAUCUGAAUCCAAGAGCUCCUUGGCCAGCCAACGGAGCAAGCAGAGCUCUUUCCGCAGCGAAGCUGGCAUGAGCACCGUCAGCUCCACGGCCAGCGACAUCAACUCCACCAUCAGCCUUGGCGAAGGGGAGGCAGAGCUCUCCAUCAUCGAAGACGACAUUGAUGCCACCACCACCGAGAUCUACGUGGGCGAGUGGAAGAACGACAAGCGGGCCGGCUUUGGAGUCAGCCAGCGCUCCGACGGGCUGAAGUACGAGGGCGAGUGGGCCAACAACAAGCGCCACGGCUAUGGCUGCAUGACCUUCCCAGAUGGGACGAAGGAAGAGGGGAAGUACAAGCAGAACAUUCUUGUGAGUGGGAAGCGGAAGAACCUCAUCCCGCUGAGGGCCAGCAAGAUCCGUGAGAAGGUGGAUCGUGCCGUCGAGGCGGCUGAGCGGGCAGCCACCAUCGCCAAACAAAAAGCGGAGAUUGCGGCUUCUAGGACGUCUCACUCCAGGGCAAAGGCAGACGCAGCGGUGACAGCAGCGCAGAAAGCGCAGGAGGAAGCCCGGAUUGCCAGGAUCACUGCCAAAGAGUUUUCACCCUCCUUCCAGCACAGGGAAAACGGGCUUGAGUGUCAGAGGCCAAAACGUCAGAAUUCAAGCGACGACAUUGAGGUCCUUUCGACGGGGACUCCCCUCCAGCAAGAAAGCCCAGAGCUCUACAGGAAAGGAACAACCCCUUCGGACCUCACCCCCAACGACAGCCCUCUGCAAAGCUUUCCCGCCAGCCCCUCCUCCACCCCACCUUCGGGUCCCUCAUGCAGAAACAAGAGCAGCCACUUCUCCAGGCAGGUCUGCGUGGACGAAGAGAGGGGUGGGGAGAUCCAGAUGCUGCUGGAGGGACGCGGGAGGGACUAUAUGAGACCCAACAGCUGGGGUGAAGACAAGGAGGGCGGGGCACAUGGCGUGAGAGCCGGGGCUUUGCGCAGCGGCCAAUCGGGCUCCUCCGAAGACUACCGGGGUCGAAGCAGCGGGCACAAGCACGUGGCUUCCAACCACAAACAGCGGGAGAGGUGGACAGACCCCCCAGCCACGGUUUCGUGGACUCACCACCGUCCCCACCACCACGGCUCGGGGAGCAACAAGCUCCUUGAGCUAGACGAGGAGAAGCUGAGCAACUACGAAAUGGAGAUGAAGCCUCUCAUGAGGAUGGAUUCUUAUAUGCAAGAAAUGCACUCCCAAAAAAGACAUUAUAGCAAAACGGGGCCCAGCCGGAGCCUAGCUGAGGACCACCAUGGGGAAGGCCGUAGCUUUGGGGUUCAAAGACUGAGGUCUAAGUCCCAGAACAAGGAGAACCUCAGGCCAGUGUCUUCUGCUGAGCCAACAGUGCAGAAACUGGACAGUCUGAGGUUUGGGGACAAAGGGGAGACUCGGCUAUUGAGGUGGGACUUAACCUGCUCCCCACCACAGAAAUCCUUACCUGUUGCACUAGAAUCAGAGGAGGAAAAUGGGGACGAGCUCAAAUCCAGUGCGGGCUCAGCUCCGAUCCUGGUCGUCAUGGUGAUCUUGUUAAACAUUGGAGUUGCCAUUUUGUUUAUUAACUUUUUCAUCUAA